AUCAGAGUAUUUCACUGCUGUAAUAUAACUCAUUACUGUGCUCAGGUGUUGAUCACGUGUUUAUUCCCAAUAACGCACUGAUUGAGGUAUCGGUUUCUCCUUAUUUCGCCUAAGCUAUAUGUUAGCCGCGCUAGCUAGUUUACUUCAUUUCAGCCUCCACUCGUCGUACUGCUACCUUGCGAGCUGUUAUCCGAUGUCAUUGUGGUGAUUGUAAGCAGAUAAUCAGGCAGCAGCUGUGAUUUUUCACGCAACAGAAUGGUGAAAAUCUUCGUAGGGAACCUUUCCCCAAACACGACUACAGACGAGCUUCGGUCCUUGUUCUCCCAGUAUGGUAAAAUAUCAGAGUGUGACAUCGUGAAGAACUUCGGCUUCGUCCACAUGGAGAACAAAGCCGAGGCAGAGGAAGCCAUCCGCGGCCUUCACCAUUAUAUGCUCAACGGUUUGGCCAUGAAUGUGGAGAUGAGCCGAGGGAAACCCAAAGCCUCCACGAAGCUCCAUGUAGGCAAUAUAAGUAGUAGUUGUACCAACCAGGAGCUGCGUGCCAAGUUUGAGGAGUUUGGCCCAGUGGUUGAGUGUGACAUAGUAAAAGAUUAUGCCUUCGUACACAUGGAGCGAGUGGAAGAUGCGAUGGAGGCCAUUCGAGGCUUAGACAACACGGCAUUUCAAGGCAAACUGAUGAGCGUGAAGCUUUCGACUAGCCGCCUGCGUACAGCACCGGGAAUGGGAGAGAGAACGGGUUGUUAUCGGUGCGGGCAGGAAGGCCACUGGUCCAAAGAGUGCCCACUGGACCAGAACGGCUCGUACCGCGAGAGCCAGGGCUCAGAGGGAUAUGGCGCUCCCCGGUUCGGUGCGAGUGGCGAUCGCGGUUUCCAACAGGGCUUCAAUGGCGAUCCGAGCUUUGGCAGCAACUAUGGGCCUGUGCAAAGCUUCUCACGUGGUGCUGGUUAUGGGGGUCCUGGGUAUGGCAGGGGAAUGUGCAUGGGCUCGAGCACAAGCACGGGUACUGGCUAUAACGGUGCGAUGAGUUUCGGUGUUGCGGCGGGAUACGGCGUGGGCGCGACGUACGGCAGUGAGGCGGCAUACGGCAGUGGUGUCGGCUACGGCAGCGCGGUGCCCGGGUUCCCUGCGCGGCGAGCGUCCUACGAUGAACGGGAUCCGUACGGGGUGGUGGACUACUACGAAAAAUAUCGUGCGCGUCCCUAUGGAGGCAGUUAUUUUGACGACAGACAAGCUGUCCCGCUUCCCGGCCCUCCUCCUCCCCCUGCGUCCUCGGCCAUAAGCACUGAGCGCAUGCCCUCGUCUAGCCUUGACCUCUAUGAGCGAAACCCCCUCGCUCCUCCUCAGGCUCCGGGUUCUUCGUACUACGGGCGUGAUAGGAGCCCGAUCCGAAGGCUCCCUCUCGAGGUGGAAGGAUACGCGUAUGAUCGCGCGCAUGUCGCCUCCAUCUCUGCGCUUCCUCGGAGCUCUGCGUAUGACAUGCCGCGGGAUCCUUACACCGACCGGGCACGCUACGCGUAUUAAACUAACAUCUGUGCGCGAUUCACAUGUGUGCACAACACAGACUAUACAUUACAGUGGACGUUGAGAAUGCUAGUGAUGUUUCUGGACGCGUGUGUAGCAUUCUGUACUGAGUAGUAGUCAUGCUAUCAUGUGAAAAAAUGAUUUUUGUUCUUGUUUAAGCUUACUCGCACGUGCAGUCAUAAUCCUAGCAGGAAAUCUUCGAGUUAUCUAAUGAUUAACUGUUUGUGUUGUGAUGCAUCUUGUUUUCUUUUUUGCAGGUAUUCUUCAGUCAUGCCUCCACAGACACACAUUGUCAUCACUUUUAACAUUACAGUGAAUACUAUGGUGCUUGAGUGUGGUGGAGCAGAUUAGGUGCUUUAUUCUAGUAGUUUGUUCAGUAUUUCAUGUAGGUGUUCUCACCGUAGCAUUUCACUAACAUUUUCAGCCUGGUUUUAGUUGGUUGGCCUUUUUUUUGUUGUUGUUGCUGUUGUUCAUCUUCUGAGGAGCUAACACAAUGCCUAAAUCGAUCCUGAAUCCUGUCUGAGUAGAUGGGACGAUUACACAGAUUUACACAUUUGGAAUUCGGUAAACUUUUAUGUUCUACUGUUAUUGUUUACUGUUAGGAAUGUAGAAAUACUAAUUAAGGAAUAAUAUCUAAUCCUCAACUUGGUGGGUUUUUAAAACUUGUUUUCUCUUUUGACAUUACACCAUUUUUAAUAUAGAUGCUGACUAAUUUACUUUAAAUCUAUCCUAAAUAAAAAUUGGAGCAAAUCUGUAGAUUUUGAACCCAACCAGUAAAUAAUUUUUUGAUCUGAAAGGUUCAUGAUGAGCAUUCAUACAUUUGUGAUUUCUUUGUGUUGAUUGUCAUUAUUUUUGUAUGUAUCUAAAUCCAAAAAAACUUCCCAAAAAAAGGUUUUGGUAAUUUCUCAGAAUGCAUUGAUUAGUUUUUUUUAAUAUCGGUUUUGUUCUCUCUGUGCUUCUACAUUUUUUAGCAUGAAUAACCAUCAUGAAAUCCAGACACUAGAACAGUUUGCACAGAUUGAUACAAAAUUCAGCUUUAGGUUUGAAUCUGUUUGAGACCCCUUGGUAAAUUUAUAUCUCUGCACUAUGUAAAAUUUAACAGCUACAAAGUGUGCUGUGAUGUUUUUAAAAUGAACCAGUUUUGUGUAAUGAAACACUUCCAUUGGAAAGGUCAUGGGUCACGGCAACAGAAGUAAUAGCAGCGGUUGCACUGACGAUAGGAUUUAACCUUGUGAUAUGUAUUGCAACUUAUUCCUUAAUAAAGGCACUGUAUGCAAAUGUG